AAAGCGCAAAUUUGACAGACAUAAGCUACCUCGCAAGCCACCGGCAAAAAGGAUCCCUGUUUCCAGGCAAUCACAGGGGCCCAUAAAUAUAACAAGCGAUGUUGCUGGUCACGCCUGUAUUCAGGAAGAUUGUCCUGCUGUGGAGACCACAGAUGAAGAUCACACCUGUGUUCAAGAAGAUUGGCCUGCUGUGGAGACCACAGAUGAAGAUCACACCUGUGUUCAAGAAGAUUGGCCUGCUGUGGAGACCACAGAUGAAGUGCCACAAGAUGACCUCCUUGAACAGUUCGCCGCAAUCGUGUGUACACAUGCUGGCACACUACGGGAUGCCUGCGUGCAGGCGAAUCCUCUCCAAGUCAUCGGCCGUCCCAAGCCUCUCCUUUCAUGUGCUGCUGUUCAGACAGAUCACACUGUGA